AUCACGCUUAAGGCAUAUCUUUAACUAAGAGCAAGUCAUAUUUGCAAAGCCAUCAUUUGCACAGCUAGUGGUAGAAGAUGAGGGUCCUUGUUUUUCUGACGUUAAUUGCCGGUGCUCUGAGCCAGGGGUGUGAAACUAUCCGAUGCGAGAAUCAUAAACAGCCCGUUUGCGGUUCGGACGGACAGACGUACUUGAACACGUGCUACCUAAAGGUCGCCGCCUGCAAGUACGCGUCACUCGACCUUGCUACCGAGGGACUCAACCUUGCCUACGAAGGCGAGUGCAGAACCGGAAGUGUGGACACCAAGCCCAACACUGGAACUAUAUCCGGAAGCGGCUCCCUCACCGGAUCUGCCGUUACCGACAAAUGUCAAACAAUUUGUGAUAGCACGGAAAAACUGCUCCUCUGCGGAAGCGAUGGUGUAACUUACGACAGCAAGUGCAGCUUCGUGAAGGCACAAUGCGUCGCCAGCAGUAACAGUGGAUCCCUCACUCUCGAGUACGUAGGUGCCUGCCGCAAGUUGGGCUCCGUUUCCUUGACAGCCAGCAGAUGCGAUCUGACCGGAUGCGACUCCACGGCUGUCAGGAAAUGUGGCUCCGACGGCAACGUUUACGGAAGUGCCUGCGAGUUCCAAAAAGCUCAAUGCAUGAACUCCCGCCUGACUGAGGUGCGUUGUGACGCUACGUCGGCAACCCUAACAUCUACCGACAGCUGCUCGACACGAUGCGAUUCCACGCCAAUGAAAAUCUGUUCCUCCGACGGACAAAUCUACAGAAGUGACUGUGAGUUCAAAAAAGCUCAAUGCGCAAACCCCCGCAUCACUCAGGUGCGUUGUGUCGCUACGUCGGCAACCCUAACUUCUACCGACAGCUGCUCGACACGGUGCGAUUCCACGCCAAUGAAAAUCUGUUCCUCCGACGGACAAAUCUACAGAAGUGACUGUGAGUUCAAAAAAGCUCAAUGCGCAAACCCCCGCAUCACUCAGGUGCGUUGUGUCGCUACGUCGGCAACCCUAACUUCUACCGACAGCUGCUCGACACGGUGCGAUUCCACGCCAAUGAAAAUCUGUUCCUCCGACGGACAAAUCUACAGAAGUGACUGUGAGUUCAAAAAAGCUCAAUGCGCAAACCCCCGCAUCACUCAGGUGCGUUGUGUCGCUACGUCGGCAACCCUAACUUCUACCGACAGCUGCUCGACACGGUGCGAUUCCACGCCAAUGAAAAUCUGUUCCUCCGACGGACAAAUCUACAGAAGUGACUGUGAGUUCAAAAAAGCUCAAUGCGCAAACCCCCGCAUCACUCAGGUGCGUUGUGUCGCUACGUCGGCAACCCUAACUUCUACCGACAGCUGCUCGACACGGUGCGAUUCCACGCCAAUGAAAAUCUGUUCCUCCGACGGACAAAUCUACAGAAGUGACUGUGAGUUCAAGAAAGCUCAAUGCGCAAACCCCCGCAUCACUCAGGUACGUUGUGAUGCCACGUCGGCAACCCUUACUUCUACCGACAUCUGUUCAACACGGUGCGACCAAACACCAGUGAGAAUCUGUGCCUCGGACGGACAAGUCUAUGGAAGCGCAUGCGAGUUCAUAAAGAUGAGCUGUUCACUCGGUGGCACACUUACGCGAGUCGACUGCACAAGCUGGUUGUCGAGCCUCGGUUAAAGUUGGCUUUAUGCAUCCUAUUAAUCAACCGUGAUGUUUUAAAUUAAUAAAGAAUCAUGGAAUUAAAUUUAAGAAAUGCUAAA